AUGGUCAGAGCCGCGUUUCUAAUACUUCUGUUCCGAUCUUGCCUGAGAUGCUACCAGCUGAGCAGAGCUGCCAUAAAUUAUGAGCAUCUUUGGAACGCUGUUCUUCCCAACGUAAGGGGAAGGACCGCCUACGUUAGGGGUCCUCAGCCAAUAAGAUGGAUCCUCCGAAAGAGGGCGGCAAAUAGAACACACACGAAGCGAUGCAGAGGACACGCCCCUGGUGAAGAGGUGCACUGUCCAGGUGAAGAAGUGCACACCCCACGUGAAGACCUCCACACCAUCCUAAAUAAGCAGCUGCAAAAUGUCGCAAAACAGAUCCUGCAAGACGAAAAUGUGAACCUGCCCAAGCACUGCCUCGUGGAAGACAACAAAAUUUUCGACGACUAUGAAUACCAGUCAAGUGUGAUUUUAUUUUUGGAGCAUUCUUUAGGGCAGGGAAAAGAUGUUCGCAGUGAGGUGCUUCGGAUUUUUAGAAGAACAGGUGGAGAGUUAAUCGACUCACUGCAUUUAUCCCCCAAUGGGAUACUCAACAUCCGGGUUGGCGAUCCCUUCGUGAUGCGCGAAUUUUUGCGGUUUUGUAAGGAUGCAGGAGCUCACAUGGGGACAGCUCCAGUGGGGGGUUACAGAAGUAAUUACACCCCCGAAAAGGAGAAUCGCCAAAUCGGAGGGAAGGGCACGGUCCUGCUGGACUUCUGCGGAGUGAACAUGGCGAAGAACAUGCACAUGGGACAUCUGAAGUCGCUCCUCCUCGGAAGCGCACUCAGCAAUAUUUUCCGUUCCUUGAAUUAUGAUGUGAAAUGUAGAAGCCAUAUAGGCGACUGGAAUAUGAAUCUGGCAAUAGUAUUAAGUUUUGUUGUUAUGUUUCCCCACGAGGUAGUAUCGAUGGGAAAGUCAAAUGAAAGAAAAGUGCCUCGAAUCGGUGGAAGUGCUAAACAUGACAAGGCGGAAUCGUACCAAGGGGAUACUACGCCAUGUGUAGACAGCGGUCAGGUGGAUAAACACACAGGUGUGGAGCCCCCCCUGAGGGCAGAUUCUACACAAGGUGGAGUAAAAGAACAAUCGGAAAACCUCUUGGAGGAAGAAAUGUACAUAAAGAUGCUGAGCAAAUUGAAAGAGGAAAACUUCGAUAAACGUUAUCAACAAUUGGACCCCUCCAAAUGGGAAGAUAUCGAUUUGGGUAACAUAGAAUUUGCCUACAAAAUGGGGAAGAAGCUUUUUACCUCGUCGGAUGUUUUCAGACGGAUCAGUAGAAGUACCUUACGCAUGAUGUAUCAGAAGGAUGAGAAGAUUAUUUCCUUGUGGGAUAACAUUUGCAGGAGUAGCAAGCGGGCGAACAAAGAAAUUUUGGAUAAACUGAAAAUCAGGAAAUUGAAAGACAAGGGGGAGAGCUUCUACCUCAAGUUUGUGCCGAUCAUAUUGCGGAGACUCGAAGACGCCAAUGUGGUUUUUCAUCUGGGCGGAAAGUCCUGCCUUCUGCUGAGGAGUAACCCGGUUAGCAGAAACCCAGUUAGCGGAGACUCAGUUAGCGGAGACUCAGUUAGCGGAGACUCAGUUAGCGGAGACUCAGUUAGCGGAGACCCAGUUAGGGGAGACCCAGUUAGCGGCAACCCCCUUAGCGGUGGCUGCACUCCAAGCCGGAGGAAAGAGACCCACAUACUGAGCAGCAGGGAGGACCACUACGACGUGAUGCAGGUGACGCCCGAACUUUUGGAGCACGUCAGGAGGAACGACGUAGACGAAUUGAAGAAAAACUUCACUUUACUGACGCUCCAAAACGAUGUGUCCUUCACUUACGCGGCCAUUGACUUAGCCGCAAUACACUAUCGAGUGGUAUAUGAGAAGGCAAACAAAAUAAUCUACGUGGUUGACGAAAAUCAAAGGAAGCAUUUUAUGCAGAUUUUUUCCAUCGCAAAGUUUGCACAUAUUCUCCUCGAUCACGUUGAAUGUGUAUGUCUGAAUUAUGGUUUCGUCCUCAACUCAGAAAACAGAAAAAUGAAAACAAAAGAUCUCUGUGAAAAAAAUAUUUCCGUUAAGGACAUGCUGCAAAAUGUCCAGUUGGCUAAUCCGAGUGGCCAUGAAAAAAAUGAACACACAUAUUUGAAGAAAAUACACAUGGAGAAGACACACAGAGAAAGCUUCCUUCUUUCUUCUGUUAUUUAUUCCUACUUGGCUGUAAAAAAUUAUAAAAGACAAGUCAUAAACAACAUCCUGAACACUCCUCACGUAGAGUAUCUUUUCAUACAUAAUUGCUACAAUCAAGUGUCUUCCAUUUUGGGGAAAGAAAAAAAAGGCCAUUUCUCCUCCCUUCUGGGGAAGAGAAAAAAUGUACUGAUUGAAAAUAAUUUAAAAAAAUUGAUGUUACACAUUAUUCGUUUUAACAAUGUCACGGAGGAAGUGACUCGCACGUACAGCGUGGACAGAUUGUGCUCCUUCCUGUUUACGCUGUCUCAGAAGAUGCAGCCGCUACUCCAGAGUAGCUUUGUGAAGAAGUUUAUCCCCCAUCUGGGAAGUAGCAGCGUUCAUAAUUUUUUGAGCAUGUUAAAUGGUUUGAGGAAGGGGAAGGCGAAGAUAGAGGAGAAGACGAAGGUAAAGAGAGAGACUGAGGUAGAGGAACAGGUCGAGGGGGCACCAGCAGAAGCGCAGAACCCAACGGAAAACAUCAUCGAUAAAGUGGCAGGCGACAAAGACGAGGUGACACACCUCAUGAAUAAAAUCACCCAGGCGGAACUGUUUCUUCUCAUCAAGAACAGCGGCCUGCUUGACCUACGCGAAGGGAGAAGUUUACCUGAACAGUCAGGCAAAAUGGAAACGCUCAUUUUUAAUCGAAUUUUGGAAGUACUCAUUAUGCAGACAUACCUGUCCCUCGUGGGAAGAACAUUUAGCAUGCUAAAUUUGCAACUGGUGAACUUUGGCUCACCUGGUUCGCGGCUGGGGAGCUCGGAUCUGUAG